UCAAAAACCGUCCAUGCAACAAUCUCACAGGCCGCAGUCGUUCCGCAUUAAAUUAAUGCUACCGUCUCGUAGAUCAACUGUUUCCUAUUGCAGAAAUCUCAGCUCACGUUGAAUGACUUGACCAUAUGAAUCGUGACUGUCUGCCUGAUUGCUUACAUGAUGCAGCCUAUCGCUAACGAUGGUGAAGUGCUCUCCGGCAAUCAUGACUCGGAGGACCUCAGAGGCCUCAACUCCGACGUCUUCCCCAAUCUACACCGCGACCAUGACCCAUCCCAGUUCGAUAUCCGCAGUGACGACCUCUCUCGUGAAGCUCGUAGACUUCCCUACCCCCCAAUGCCAUUGUAUCGUGGUAUGGGUCGUCCUGAGAUCCAACAAGACUUUCGCGAUCUAGUGCCAGACGCAGAUCCUAUCCCCCCAUUACCGCUUCCCCUCAUGCAGCCAAACCUCGGUGACUACCGCCCAAGUUUCUCCUUGCCGGUUAUGUCCAUGGGUGGUACCUUCACGUUACCAUCCACAGCAGAGGACCGACCGACCGUGAUCGUGACAGCGCAGACCUCCCAGGAUGGUCCAAGUGGCACGGCGAAGAGGUCUGCCCACGUCGAAGUCACGGAACGUGCAUCCAAGAAGGAUCUCAAGCAGGUAAAACAGUAUGAAACAACCUGGAGAAUGUUGGAAAAGCGUAUGGACAGGGGAGGUACACCCCUUGGCACGGUGACGGAAAGUCACAGUCCAAACGAAUAUCACGUUCCAGACAAAGUCGAUAUGUAA